AUCCAGAAAUGUUAAAGUAACAGAAUUACCACCCUCUCCCAAGCAGUUGCGAUGUUAAAUGGACACCAAGAGUGGCAUUUUGGAAACCCAGGAGUGAAGCUUGCUUUGCAGAAAAAACAGAUGACCUUGCAAUGAUAUUUCCCCACGUCUUUCUAUCAGCAUGGCCACUGACUCCACCCUGGCACUAUGGACUGAGUUAUCUAGACGGUGUACGAGAGCAAACCUUUGCACCAGCUUGGCCCGUGGCCACCCAGCUGACCGUGGAUUGUUUAUCGAAGCUCCCACUGGGACCUACCACAAGAUCGAAGCGUUUGCCCCUCAACCUCUCUUCUUUUGCAGGUCUGCAGCCCUGUUGCUCAACAGCCAGGAGUUCAUUAACCAAGUACACACCUACAAUUUUGGGCCAGUUGGCAAAUAGUCAUACAGAUGCCGUGAGCUGCCACCAUGACGGAGGAGUGGGCUCCUCAGCUGGUGGACUACUUCGUGGUGGCUGGUCUGGCAGACACGUCGCGGCCCCUUGAGGAUGAGAGCCAGGCCCCCCGGCCAGCCCGUCCCAGCGAGCCCAUCGUGGAUGUGGCCGUCAUCGUCCGCUCCCUGGGCGAGGAAGUCCCUCAUGGGUUCACCUGCAUCGACCGCACCACGUCUGGGAACCCCGUGGAGCUCAACGCCGGCCUGCUCAAUAACCCCCAGAUGUUCAUUUGCUACAAGCGGGGCCGGGAAAAGCCCCCCAUUGUCGAGCUGGGGGUGCAUUAUGAUGGGAAGGACCGCCCCAAGCCAGGCUUCAAAGUCCUCGACACAACCCCCUACAGCCAUUCGGCCAACCUGGCGUCCGGAGGGCCUGGGCACCAGCGCACCUUCCUGACGUACCGGCGGGCCAGCGAGGGGCAGGCCUGCAGUACCCUGGGCAUCACCGACAUUUGCCUAAUCAUGCCGAGCAAAGGGGAGAGCACGCCCCACACCUUCUCCCGCGUGGACCGGAACCUCAAUGCCGGCAUGUGGGGUCCAGCCCUCUUCAUCUGCUACAAGAUUGCACUGGCAAAAGGCAACACUCUGGUCUAUGAGGCAGGCCUCCUUAGCCGCUACCCGGAGGAGGACAAUGAGGCGUUCCCCCUGCCCGAAUCCGUUCCCGUUUUCUGCUUGCCGAUGGGAGCCACCAUUGAGAGCUGGCCUGCCGACACCAAGUACCAGCUUCCCGUCUUCUCCACCUUUGUGUUGACUGGUGCCUCAGGAGACAAGGUGUACGGUGCUGCCAUCCAGUUCUACGAGCCCUUCCCACGGGAACGGCUCUCGGAGAGGCAGUGCGUGUGGCUGAACCUGCUCACGGUGGUUGACCGGCGGCCCAUCACCAGCAAGUCAGUCCAGACCCGCAAGAGCAUCUGUGUCUUGUCUCACUGGCCCUUCUUCGACGUCUUCCGCAAGUUCCUCACUUUUCUCUACCGCUACAGCAUCUCAGGGCCGCACGUGCUGCCUCUUGAGGCGCACAUCGCUCAUUUCAUGCACAAUGUCCCCUUCCCAUCUCCGCAGCGGCCUCGGAUCCUGGUUCAGAUGUCUUCCUAUGAUAAUCUGCUCCUGUGCCAGCCAGUCUCCUCUCCACUGCCGCUCAGCGGAGCAAGCUUCCUCACCCUGCUACAGACGCUGGGCCCCGAAAACGCCGUCGCCCUACUGGUGGCUGUGCUCACUGAGCAGAAACUGCUGAUCCAUUCCCUCCGGCAGGAUGUCUUGACCAGCGUGGGCGAAGCCCUGGUCUCCAUGAUCUUCCCGCUGCACUGGCAGUGCCCGUACAUCCCGCUGUGCCCGCUCACCCUGGCCGACGUGCUGUAUGCCCCCGUGCCCUUCAUCGUGGGGAUCCACUCCAGCUACUUCGACCUGCACGACCCGCCGCACGAUGUCCUCUGCGUCGAUCUGGACACCAACACCAUCUUCCAGCGCGAGGAGCGGAAGCUGCUGCCACCGCGGUCCCUGCCCCGGAAACCGUGCAAGGUGCUGCUGGCUUCGCUGAACUCCCAGUACAACCAGCUGGACGAGAUGUACAACCGCCCGGUCGAGGAAGCGACGCUGGAGUUCCUGCUGACCGAUUACGACGUCAUUUACGGCCGACGGAAGCAGCUGGAGCUGGACAUCCAGGGGGCUUUCCUGCGCUUCAUGACCUGCCUCUUGAAGGGCUAUCGCGCCUACCUUCUGCCCAUCACUCAGGCACCGUCCGAGAAGACCAGAGACUCCAGCAGCCUCUUCUCCCUCCAGGGGUUCCUGAAGUCGCGAGACCGGCCCUACCACAAGUUCUACAUACAGCUCCUGCGCACCCAGCUCUUCACGCAGUUCAUCGAAGAAUGCUCCUUCGUCAGCGACCGGCACACUUCCCUGGAGUUUUUCGAUUCCUGCGUCGAGAAGGUGCAGGUAGAUCUGGAGAAGCCGGAGGAAUUUCCCCUGAUCGAACUGGACGACACGCACGGCAGCGAGCACACCGUCUUUAUCAUGCCCCCCGAGGAGCCCACUGGCCCGAACGGCACGGAGCUCCCGCCAUGCUACAAGUAUGACGGUUUCCCUCAGCUCCAGGCCAAACUUUUUGAGCGCCCACAAGACCAGUUAAUGCCCUCGCUCUGCCAAGCCCGAAGCAGUGCUCCUAGCAGCCCUGCGCCACGCAGGACCAAACAGGAAAUGAAGGUGGCCCAGCAGGUGGCGCAGAAGUACUCCUCGGUGCCUGACAUGUGGGCGAAAUGCCUCCUGGGCCACUGCUACGGCCUGUGGUUCAUCACCCUGCCCACCUACGUCCGGGCCGCGGCGUCCAAGGUGCGGGCCCUGCAGACGGCGUACGAAGUGCUCAAGCAGAUGGAGACCAGGAAGGUUGUCCUCCCGGACGAGGUUUGCUACCGGAUCCUGAUGCAGCUGUGUGGACAGCACGGCGAGCCGGUCCUUUCGGUGCGGGUUCUACUGGAGAUGAAGCGGGCUGGGAUCGUGCCCAACGCCAUCACCCAUGGGUACUAUAAUAAGGCCAUUUUGGAGUGCAAGUGGCCAUCGAGUAACCAGGGAGGCCGCCUUCGCUGGGCCAAGCUACGCAAUGUGGUCCUGGGGGCAGCCCAGUUCCGGCAGCCUUUGCGACAACGCCAGCGCGAGGCGGAGCUGCAAAGCCUCAGCACCAAGUCAGAAGGCAGAGGCACCAAGGGGCCGAGUGCCCGGCUGCAGUCGUCCCGGUCCAACCUGCAGCGGCAGACGACUUGGUCUGGGGGCAGCUUGAGUGAGACUCUGCCGUCCAAGUCUCUGGUGAAGAGCGGGAGCCUGUGCUUCCCCCAACGCCAUUCUGAAGCUGGAGCGGCCAGCGCGACCAAAGCCCUGGCUGGGUCCAACCCUGGAAGCAGCGACACGCUCCCGGCCUUACCCCACUGGCUGAAGGGCGUGCAGGACGGGCCCGGAAGCUCCGAGGACGGGAGCCUGUCGGAUGUCAGCAGCUUCCUGACCGACGAGAGCGACCGGUUGACCCUGAACAGCAUGGACGCCCAGUCGGGCUCGGGGCAGCCAGAGGGGGCCGGGCCGGGGCCGGGCCAGGUGUUAGAGAACCGAGGGCUGGGCGGCGGCACGCCACGCAAGAGCCUGACCGCCAAGCUCCAGCAGCUGCUGUCGCCCAUCAAGCGGCCCUCGCUGAGACACGGCGCUGCCGCGGAGCACUCGCGCGCGGUGUCCGAGCAGCGCGAGCUCCCCACUCGCCGCAGCCCGCUGGAGAGCCACCUCCUGCUCCCUCGGGAGCGCCCGGGCUCCACUGCCUCUGAGAGCUCCCUAUCGCUGGGCAGUGAGUAUGACCUCUCGGACAUGUCUGCGUGCAGCUUCAACCUUCGUAAAUCCAAUGAUCGGCUCUUGGAACCUCCCACCGUGGAGGUGCUGCUUUCCAGCUGCUCGCAGUGCCAGGGCUGCAAUACGUUGGUGUACGACGAGGAGGUGAUGGCGGGCUGGAGCUCGGACGACUCCAACCUCAACACCACCUGCCCCUUCUGUGCACGCCCCUUCGUGCCCUUCCUCAGCAUCGAGAUCCAGGACUUCCAGGUCGCUGCCAGCAUUGCAGACAGCUCGGACACCAGUUCUGUCUCCUUGGAUUGGCCAAGGGACAGCGAGGCGCCAGUGCCAGGCGGCGAGGGUCCCGUACUCAGUGACCGCUACCACUGUCUGUUUCUCGAUGAGACGGAGCCAGAAGUUGAGAGAGAAUCCAGGGCUGGGUCAUUAUGCAAUGGCUUCACAGACUCUCCGGUCCCUCGGGGGCCCACCUCACACACGGAGCACCUGGCUUUUGCCUACCUGAGCCCCUUGGUCCUGCGCAAGGAACUGGAGACCCUGCUGGAGAACGAGGGAGGAGAGUUUCUGUCUCAGCCUGAGCUGGUGGACAACCAUCCCAUCAUAUACUGGAACCUGGUGUGGUAUUUCCAGCGCCUGGGCCUGCCCAGCAGCCUACCCCAGCUGCUCCUGGCGUCAAAGCAUGUCCAGGCCCCACCCCAGGGCUCAACCCAGGAGGGGCCGCUCGUGAGUGUGCGUUUGCUCUGGGAUGUUUUGGUGCCAGACCCUGAUAGCUUUCCUCCUCUCUACAUCCUCUGGAGGUUCCACAGCAGCAUUCCGACUCGACUCCAGUCCUGGCGCCGGCACAACCACCCCUUCUCGCUCUCGUUCCUGGAGGCCCUGCUGACCUUCAUGGGCUUCGGUGAGGUGCACAAGGCCAUCAGCCUCUUUCUGGACACAGUGGCAGAGCAACCCAGCCCCACGCAUCUGCAGAGGAGCAUCUACCGUGAGAUCCUUUUCCUCAAGCUUGCGGCGCUGGGCAGAGACCAUGUCGAUAUCGCUGACUUUGACAAGAAAUACAAGUCUGCCUAUUUGAAGCUGGCCAGCAGUAUGGGGAAGGAGUCCCUGAAACGCCGGAGGGCUCAGCCACUCACCUCCAAGGCUGUCGACUGUCGGAAGACCUUUGGGACCAACCUGGAAUGCUAGCGGUGGAGCAGGGGGCUGCUCUCCUUCCUGUUCCUCCCCCCGCGGCACCUGCUGCUCCCUGCACUUCCUGCUGCAUAGGAAUGAUCAAGGACAGCGGUGGAGCGUGGCACCGGAUGUGGACGGGGGCAGUUUCUGGGGCCUCUGGGCGCCGGCCUGCCCCCCCCGGGUGGUGUCCAAGAAGAGGGAGCAGGGAGCCAUGGGGCGAAAGGGCUGGUGCUGUCAUUGGCUGGUGUGCGGGCCCUUCUGGUUUUGGAUUGGCGUUCUCGUAUUGUGCACCCACCCCCGAAUCGGCGGUAAGGGAAAGGGGGCUGACCGGGCUGGCAGCUGCUGCCACGGGGGGGCGGGGGGGUCUCGGAGGCCACAUGCCUUUUGGGGCGUGUGGCUCACAGGCGCCCAGUCUUGGCCCAGCACAGCACUCUGCAUGUGCAUGCGAUGCCCCAGCACCGCUGCCGGCUGCCCCUCCACACCCCUCCUCGCCUGGGUGGCUCCCCACAGUCUGUCUGUCUGUCUCUUUGUGCACAGUGUUCGUUCCACCAUGUGGAUGUGGCCAUCUGUCGAUCGCAGGGCCCCAGCCUCCUCCUACCCCCCCCCCGUGCCAAGUGGGGCUUAAUUCGGGAGAGGAUGGCCCCCGAGCACAGCCUCUUCCGCCCCCCCCCCCCCCCCCCCCCCCCCCCCCGCGGGUUAUUUUUUUUUCGUCAGUGUUAACGAAAGAAAGAAAAUGCUAUUUUAUAAUUUAUUUAUUACAGAGCUGUUUUUCGUCUGCUGCCCCCUCCUCUUCCUCCACUUCGUUGCUUGUGAUUUACGUGUAAGAAGGGUUAGCCCCGGAGCAGUAACUUGGGGUAGAAGAGGGGCUCUCGCCCCCACUUUCUCUCCCAUCUGCCCUCCUCGUACGCAAGGGGGCAGCCCCCAAACCCUGCUGUGGCUGUGUCUGUGCGAGGAGGCCAAGUGGGGAAGGGAAGGGGGACCCCUGAGGCAUCGGCCAACGUUCCCAGCCCCCCGCUUUUCUCCCCAGGGCUCGGAUUGUGCAAUAUGGAGUCUGUCUCCAUCAAGCUCCUCUUUGUGGUAUCUUUUGUUUUUUGUUGGUUCAUUCGUUUUCAAUGUUCCUGGUUCUGUAAAUAAAGAUGCUUCUGUAUUUUC